AAAUACAAGAAUAAUUUUCUUUGAGAAAAUAGCUCAUUGUUCAUUCACUGUGUAUUAUUGAAUAAAAUUAUAAUAUUUUAACUAACAGUACCAAAUAUGUCGUACAGGGACCUAAGAAAUUUCAGCGAAGCCAUGCGUGCCCUCGGCUUUCCCCAGCAAAUAUCCCUGGAAAGCUUCCGCAACCCUAACUGGGAGCUGGUGGAAACUUGCCUGCGCUGGUUGGCGGCCAGGAUCGAGCCUGAUGCUGUACUGGCUGGCGGGAAGGAUACAGUGGAACAACGGGUUGCUAUGGUCACGCAUGCUACUGAACUGUUUCAUUCCAGGGCAAAUCUCAAGCUCAACGGCAAGAAGAUCUACGGCGCGGAUGGAUGGGCGGUACGAGAGCUGCUCAAAGUGGCCAGCCUGCUUCGCUCCGCGUUGGAGACGCCAAGCCAGGACGACCAGCUCGCUGACUCCAACCCUUUGGUUUACGACGUCAGCAACCGCGUUAGCGAAAUCAAACAAGCACGAGCAUUGGCAACUGAUAUCACAGCGCAAGGGGCGUUCUUGUACGAUCUUCUGGCCAAAGAACCGGAGAAUAAGGAGCACCGGGACAAGGCUCUAUCUCGUCCUUUGGACAUGUCGUCUCUGGAGUCAGCGCUGUCCCGUGCCGUGGAGACCCUCUCAGCGCGAGUGAGUGCGGUGCGGGAACAGAUCGACAACGUGGCCUCGAGUGAGGCGGCGCUCGACGCUAAGCUGGAGCGACGCCGAGCGGAGCUGCAGCGAGCGGAGAAGCGACUGCACACUGUGCAGAAGAUCAAGCCAGCGUAUCAGAGCGAGCUGAACUCCCUAGAGAGUGAGAUCGAGGAGCUGUGGGAGCAGUACGUGCUGCGGUACCGCUGCGUGGAGGCGCUCAAGCACCAGCUGAGUUUGCUCGAGACUGCUCAGGCUGAGGCCGCAGAAGAGCAACAAGCAGCCAUCAUGCAGCUAAUACACAAAUACGAAGCCGAGGAUGUGCUGGGGAAACUAAGCGAUUCUGAUGAAGCGAACUCGAGUGAGGAGGAAAAAGAAUCCGUGAAACAGCCGAGACCGGCAACGAGGCCCAAGACCAGACUUCGCAUUAAAACUGCUGGCGCGGGGCCGGACGCGCGGCGCGCUUUCGGCGCGAUGCAGGCGCGCGACGACUCGCGAGACCUCGACGACAGCUCCGACACCGAUCUCUCCGACACUCAACUCUACGGCGGCGGCGACGGCGGCGGGCGCUGGUCGCGGCCGCGGCCGGCCACACGCACGCUGGCGGCCGCUGACGACUACGCCGACCUCAUGCAUGCUGCAAAGGCAGAGGGCGAAGAGGGUUCUGAAGGAUCCUUGGGCAGUUCCUCCGAGAGUGAGCUGCGCCUCACUAGCGCUCAUCCCGGACGGACCUCCGCACUCAGCGACAACGAAUUUUAGAUACGAAGAGGAAAAAAGGGCGGGAAAUUUCGUACUUGGCGGACUUUUCCUAACUUAUAAAUAACUACAUACCUGGCAUUUGGUAAUCUGUGUAAAGCCAGAAGAAAAAAAAGAUACUAAGAGCAAUUACGCACCCAUCCGAUCCGAAUCCGUGAAAAUAAGGAUAUUAAAAACUCGGACCGAAUUCGGAUAUUGCUUACGCACUAAACCGAUCUCUGAUCCAAAUCCAAUCCAUGCUAUUGAGUAGACAUGUUUGACAUAAUAUCUUUAUCUACCUCAUUUAUGGUCUAUUUGAAUCCGAGGCACAACCGAGAUAUUCUCAUGGAUGACGGAAGUUGGAUCUAGUACGUAAGCUACCAUACAAAUAGUUCUAUGACUCCUUCGGAACUAUUUUCGUGGACUUGGAUCGGAUGAGUGCGCAACCGCCCUUACUGAUGAUUCAGAGGAUUAUUAUACUGGAUGUAGACCAUUCCUAAUGUAAGGACUAAUGAUUGACCGGCUUACUAAUAAAAACUUGAGUAAUACUUACA